AUGGGCCGCAAGGAGGACGAUGACGGCAGCUCGUGGAAGAAACAGACGAGCAACAUCCGAAAAACGUUCAUCUUCAUGGAGGCCUUGGGAUCAGGGGCCUUCUCGGAAGUUUUCCUAGUGAAGCAGAGAAGCACUGGCAAGCUCUUUGCUCUGAAAUGCAUCAAGAAGUCACCUCUCACACGGGACAGCAGCUUGGAGAACGAAAUAGCAGUGCUGAAAAAAAUAAAGCACGAAAACAUUGUGACUUUAGAAGACAUUUAUGAGAGCACAACCCACUUCUACCUGGUCAUGCAGCUGGUGUCUGGGGGAGAGCUGUUUGACCGGAUUUUGGAGCGAGGGGUUUACACGGAGAAGGACGCCAGCGUGGUGAUCCACCAGGUCCUGACAGCAGUGAAGUACCUGCACGAGAACGGCAUCGUUCACCGGGACCUCAAGCCUGAAAACCUCCUUUACCUUACUCCCGAAGAGAACUCCAAAAUCAUGAUCACAGACUUUGGUUUGUCCAAAAUGGAACAGAAUGGCAUCAUGUCCACUGCCUGUGGGACUCCAGGAUACGUUGCCCCUGAAGUCCUUGCCCAGAAACCAUACAGCAAAGCUGUAGACUGCUGGUCCAUUGGAGUUAUCACCUACAUCCUGCUGUGUGGGUAUCCUCCUUUCUAUGAAGAGACUGAAUCCAAACUGUUUGAAAAGAUUAAGGAAGGCUACUAUGAGUUUGAGUCUCCGUUUUGGGAUGAUAUCUCUGUGUCAGCCAAGGAUUUCAUCAGACAUUUGCUGGAGAAAAACCCCAACACGAGGUUUACCUGUGAAGAAGCCCUGCGGCACCCAUGGAUUAAUGGGAAUACAGCCCUUCACCGUGACAUAUACCCAUCUGUCAGUGCUCAGAUCCAGAAGAACUUUGCAAAGAGCAAAUGGAGGCAAGCCUUCAACGCCGCAGCCGUUGUGCACCACAUGAGGAAGCUGCACAUGAACGGCCACGCGGCAGCCGACAGCAGCCUCGCCGGUAGCCGGGACCCAGCGGUGUCCAGACCCCACACGCCCACGGUGGCCACUGGGCCAGCAACACCUGAGAAAGACAAGGACACAUCGCUCCCUCUGCUGCCCACACAGGGCUCCCCAAACCCUCCCACUCAGCUGCAGCAAGACACAGCAAUGAGAGAGGCAAAGCUGCAAAGCCACCUGGAGAACAGAGCACUGACCACGGGCAGCAGCCUGGUGCUGCCGGAUAACCACAGCCCCCCGAGCAGAACAUCCUGUGGCUGCAGCCCAGCCUGCAGGGGCCACGACAAAACCAAGUCAUCCUUCUGCUCCGAGACAGUGCUGCUGAAAAAGUCUGCAAAAUCCCAUCAUUUCAAAUCAGAAGUUCUUGUUCCAAUGAAAACCAGCAAACACUCUUCUCACUGUGGCACUGGGCAAACUGGAGUGUGUUUGAUCAUGUGAUGAGGAGGCAGCCACCAAGCUCCCCAUAUGGCCAGAGAACCAGAAGGGCUGUUUUACUCUUUUCUGCACUUCAAAGGCAGACAUCAACAGUGAAGCAAGAAAGGAGGCUGCAUCCUGCCAGGAGCAGCCAGGCA